AAUUCAAAAUCCCUUAGCGCGAUGCAUUGCUCCUAAUUUCAAAUUGCAGAUCUCAUCUUAGCCGUCUAACUUGAUCACCAUCCUACUUUUUACCUGCAAAUUUGAAAUAGUUAAUACAUUCACUCAGUGAGGAGAGAGAGGGGGGUCCUUCAGUAACGAAGAAUACCCAGUGAAAUCUCAAGAGAAAAAUGGAAAGAAAAUCAUACAUAUAGUAAGUUUUUUUUAUUCAAGGUUUAGCUGAAAUCCACAAAAGAACCAGCUGAAUGCGAGCUCCUUCGUAUUCUACAUAAGUGAGAAAAAAUUUCGGGAUUUCGUGGUUUUGGAGCUCUUUUCUCCGUUUCCUCUUACAGGUAUACCUCCAAGAAAUUAAGAAUUGUUCAAAUAUCCCUUUCUGUUUUGUAAUUUCUGUUUGGAUUUCUGGGGGUUACAGAAUGUUGAGGGAUUUCAAAUUUUUGCGCCGAAAUUCCGGCAAGAAUCCCAACAAAGAGGAAAUCGAGAAUGUCCCUGUAAAUCCCAGGGACUCUUUGGGUCCUCAGAUUAUCAGAGAUUCUCCGAGGCCCCCUCUAUAUGCAAUUCAAGAACCAAUCCAGAUUUCUAAAGGUAGUAUAGAUCAGAAAUUGAAUGGUGUUAAGGUUAAUAAAACUGAUAGAACCCCCAUGAAGCCGAAGGCUAAGAAGUCAGAUUCAAUGCCGCUUUCCACACCCGAAAAACAAGGGCUAGUGUCAAAAAAUCACUUUGGGUGGGCCCAGAAGAGUGAUUAUUAUUCGAGUUCUAGUGUUGUUGAGUCGAGGGAGGAGGGAAGGGUGGCGGAGAAUAUGAAUACUCCGCGGUCUACCAGGAUGGUUGGAAGGGCCAAUUCAAGUUACACAGAGUGUAAUUCGACUCAAAGCACGCCCAAUAAGAGCGUAAUCAAGCCUCCAAAUCCCGGUUUCUGUUUAGCCAGUGGUUCUAGGCCUCCUGCCAGUGGGGCUGCUCGGAUUACCAACUUUGCUGCACUUUCUAAAGGGAUUCCAAGUUCUUCAUACUCUGCAUCUGUUGUUAAUACGGUUGAGGUGCCCCAUUUCGAACUCAGGGAAGAUCCAUCUUUUUGGAUGGAACACAAUAUACAAGUUUUGAUACGAGUGCGUCCUCUUAAUAACAUGGAGAAAAGUACUUAUGGUUACAGUAGGUGCUUGAAACAAGAGACUGCACAGUGCAUCACCUGGAUAGGGCAACCCGAGACCCCAUUCAUGUUUGAUCACGUAGCCUGUGAAACUAUAGAGCAGGAGACACUUUUUAGAAUGGCUGGCUUGCCCAUGGUAGAGAAUUGCUUGUCUGGGUACAAUAGCUGUAUGUUUGCAUAUGGGCAGACAGGUAGUGGGAAGACAUACACAAUGCUUGGUGGGAUUGAAGAGCUAGAAGUCAAUCCUAGUCCAAAUCGUGGAAUGACCCCACGUAUAUUUGAAUUCUUGUUUGCAAGAAUUAGAGCAGAGGAGGAAAUCAGAAGAGAUGAACGACUAAUAUACAAUUGCAAAUGCUCCUUCCUGGAGAUUUAUAAUGAACAAAUAUCUGAUCUUCUUGAUCCUUCAUCCACAAAUCUGAUGCUACGUGAGGACAUCAAAAAAGGCGUGUAUGUUGAAAAUCUAUCCGAAUUUGAGGUGCAAACUGUAGGCGACAUUCUUCAGCUUCUGAGUCAGGGUUCAGCAAAUAGGAAAGUUGCUGCGACAAAUAUGAACAGAGAAAGUAGCCGCUCUCAUAGUGUUUUCACAUGUGUGAUUGAGAGUAGAUGGGAAAAGGAUUCAACCACUAACUUCCGUUUUGCUCGACUGAACCUUGUUGACCUUGCGGGUUCCGAAAGGCAAAAGACUUCUGGUGCUGAGGGUGAGCGUCUAAAGGAAGCUGCGAAUAUCAAUAAAUCACUGUCAACACUAGGUCAUGUAAUAAUGGUCCUAGUGGAUGUAGCACAUGGGAGACCAAGGCACAUUCCAUAUAGAGAUUCAAGGCUGACAUUUCUACUUCAGGAUUCUCUGGGUGGAAAUUCGAAAACAAUGAUUAUAGCUAAUGUCAGCCCAUCUAUUUGCUGUGCAUCAGAAACGCUGAACACUUUAAAGUUUGCUCAACGAGCAAAACUUAUUCAGAAUAAUGCUGUCAUCAAUGAAGAUUCAUCAAGAGAUGUUGUCUCACUGCAACAUCAGAUACGAUUGCUAAAGGAAGAGCUUUCUGCUCUAAAACAUGAAAAGGUUUCUCGGUCAUUAUCAUUUGGUCCAACUAUAGAAAGAGAUGCAAGGAACAAAGAUGAAGAUGGUCAUAGUGAAAGGAUGUCUGAAACAGAUCACCGGGGUAAUUUACUUAUAAAAGCACCUGAAGGUGUUCUCAGAAUGUCUUGUAAACAGUUAAAAUCAUUGGAAGCUACACUUGCUGGUGCCAUAAGGAGGGAACAAAUGGCAGGGACUUCCAUUAAACGGCUUGAAGCUGAAAUCGAGCUCUUGAAUCGUCUGGUUAGUCAAAGAGAAGAGGAUACCAGGUGCACAAAAAUGAUGUUGAAAUUUAGAGAAGACAAAAUUCAAAGAAUGGAGUCUCUACUUGGUGGAUUCACCUCAGCAGAUGCUUAUUUGCUGGAAGAGAACAGGGAAUUUUCAGAAGAAAUUCAGCUGCUGCGUGCAAGAGUUGAUAGAAAUCCAGAAGUGACGCGCUUUGCAGUCGAAAAUAUUAGGCUUCAAGAGCAAGUUAGACGAUUUCAAGACUUCUAUGAAGAAGGCGAGAGAGAUAUGUUGUUGGCUGAAGUAUCUGAAUUGCGGAACCAGCUGACUCUCUUCCUUGAUGGAAAUUCGAGGCAGCAAAGCCAUCAAAACACAAGUAUAGCGUCUCAUGCUGCUGUUCAUACCAAUGAGGAAAAUAAUUCACUCCAUGUUGAGUUGAAGAGGACUAUGUGUGAAUUAGAGGAAACUCGGAGUAAGCUAGAAAACAAUGCAAUGCUCAAAGGGGAAAUUCAUGAGUUGAAUACAUCAUUGAAUGCCAUCGAAUAUGCAACUCAAGAGCACGACUCCAGUCCUGAAUUCUUGAAGAAAUCAGUAAAGAAAGUUCCAAUUUUCAAUGAUCAGAUAAUAUUGUCCAAGGAGCAAGAGAAGGACCAAACUAGGCACACAACUCUUAUGAUGCGCGAAGAAGAUGUUGUGGAUUUACAACUGGAGUUGGACAUUUUGAAAAUUAUUCUAAAAGAAGAGAAGUCAUACCAUUCUGAAGCAGAGGAAAUGGCACAAUCUUUGAACAGAGAACUUCAGUCGUCAAAGGAAAUGAUUCUGUCUAUUACUAAAAAAUUUGAAUAUGUCCAAGAAGAACUUGAGAAAGCGAAAUCUGUUAUUGAAGCUCUUGAGUCUCAGCAAUUUCUAAUGAUUAAUGAGAUAGAGGAACUCCGAAACUCUAACAGCAACUAUGCUGAACUUUUGCAAAAACAGAUGCUUGAAACCUCUUCUUUAAAGGAGCAAAUUCAUGCUCAAGAGUUUAGAGAUCUCUCAUCCUAUAAGCAUUCCAAAAAUAAUGAUUCUCCUAUAGAAGCAAAGUUGAAGAAGAUGCACGAUUCUCUUGAAAAGGCCAAGAGAUUGAAUCAGUGGUAUCAAAGUGAUAAUUCGAUUCAAGCAUCUAAAGAAGAAGAAAUGGACGAAGUCCGCAAGCAGGUUGAGGCAGAAACUGCUGAGGUGAUUAUUUGCUUGCAAGAAGAACUUGCUGUUCUUCAGCAAGAAGUCCAAGAUAGUGGCUUGAAAGAGAUGGAUACCAGCGAGAGGUUGGUUCUAUUACAAGCUGAGAUGAAAAAUCUGGAGGAGAAUUUAUGUACGAGGACUCAACGGAACAUGAAAUUAACACAAAUGCUAGAAGACAAAGAGAGUCAAUUAAGAAACAUGUCGGAAGAAUGGGAACGAUUGACCAUUGAGAUUGAAGGUAUUCUUACUGGUGGGCACGAGGCUCUCAAAGAAGUUUCUGACCAGCUGGAUGAUAUUUCCAGUUCAUUCCCUCGUAAUAAAAAUUUGAUCUCUGAACAACUUGGAAGGUUGAAAACCUAUUUUCUUGAAAAAGAAGUAGUAAUUGAAGAGCUCAAUCAAUGCUUAAAGGAUGCUAUGGAUAAGAGGAACUAUAUGGAAUGCAUGUUGAGGUCACUGAAAGGGGCGGCAUUGGUAAUGACCGAAACGCACCAGCAUGAGUGCAGCGAAAUGGACAAAGAGAAUCUCCUUUUAACAUCUGAAUUAAACACUAAGACAUCUGUUAUUGAAGAGCUGGAGAGCAUAAUCAAACAUGGAGAGGAUCAACUUAGAAAUGCAUCAUGCUGUGCAACAGCUGCUUUUGUGAUUGUGAACCGGUUGUUUGAGUUGAAUUCUAAGCAUGUGAUCGCUUUAAAUAAUAAGGAUGUGCAGCUUAGACAAGCUAAAGAAAUGAUUAUUCAGAAAGACACGAUUCUCUACAAUCAGUUAUCAAGAACUGAUGAGGCAGAAAAACAGAAUGAGAUCCUGAGAAUGGAACUGAAUUCAUUAGAAGAAUGCUGUGAUAGACUAAAACUGCAGCUUUCCGAGGAACAGGUACAUGCUAAGACUCUUCGGAUGAAGCUUGAAGAAACUGAAGAAAAUAAUAUCUUGGAAGCCAGGGAAAAACUCGUGGAUCUAAAAUCGGGAGUCUCAACACUGAAAUUAUGCAUGACUGGGUAUCUGGAAAAGAUUGGAGGUCCUGGUGAAGAUAAUUCUCUAGAAUGUUCUUCUUGUCUUUCUGCUGGAGACAAACGUCAAAUGUGGACUGGUAAAGGAACAGAACAGGACAUCAGCCAUGUAGAAUCCUGUGUUCUUGAGGAUGUGAGAACUGAGGCUUCAAAAGAAAAAUUCAGUGCAAACCAUAUGGAUGAAUGCAUAAUUGAUGGUAAUUGUUCGGCUUGUGAACAGACUCUGAUGGGUGUGAAUGGUAGACAUACAAUCACUGCUCCUCUAAAGAAAGAGACAGAAUCAGCCCUUCAGAGUGUUCAAGGACUGCAAGCCGAGAUGGCUAAAUUACAUGAUGAGAAAGAGGAUGUCAGGAUAGCUGAACAACGCUACCAGAAGAGCAUUAAGUCAUUGAUGAAUCAAGUAGCUGUGCUACAAAAUUCUAAUAAUAAUUUUGAAGUGGGAUUUGAGCUAAAAAUUACUGCUUUGGAUGGCAAACUAAAGGGAGUAGAAGAAAUCAUAGAAGAAUCUUGCACUUCCUGGUUCCAGCUUAAACAGUUACUCGAGGCUGAACUUGAUGAUGCCACAGCAGUUGCUGCCCAGAAAUCCAUUGAAGUUUCCUGUGUUCUUGAGAAAUUUGAAGAGAUGCAAGACACCAUGAAAGAAGCAGACAUAAUUAUAAAUGAGCUGAUGAUGGCUAAUGAAGCCUUGAAGCUUAACAUUCAUGAGCUGAAGGAAAAGGAGAACGCCUUGAUUGAUGAAAGAGGUAUCCUUACUACAGAAGUUCAGAACUUGCAGUCCUCCAAUAAUCUGAAAGUUCUGCAUUAUGAGAAACUUGAGAAGCAGUAUGAAUCAGAUAUUGUGGAUAUGAAGAGCCUCGUAUUGGAACUAGGAGAAAUAGUUUCAGAGGUGCAAACCACUUCCACUGAAGACUGCAAGGCUAUAGCAUCCGAUUUCCUAGACAUGAAGUCCCAACUUUGUGAAUCAACGAGAUUGAUCAGGUCAUCUCUUGAAGAUGUAUGGUCGGAGAUUGUCGUUAAGGAUUUUGCCAUGUCUGUUCUGCAUCUUUGUCACAUGGGAAUUCUCUUAGAAACAGUGACUGGGCUCAAUGCAGAAAAUGGUCUUCUUCACUGUGGUCUAUGUGAAUCGAACUCUGCAAUUUCUGAACUCCAGGAGCAUAAUUUUAGAUCACAGAGAGAGCUUGAAAUGUGUAGAAUACUGAAGGGGAAGUUAUUGGCAGAUCUUAAGAAAGGUUUUGAUGGUAUCUCAAGCAAAGUAGACGAAUCUGGGGAGCUCACACUAAAGCUUGCCUCCUUUGAGAAGAAGAUACAGGAUCUACAGUUACAAGAGGAUUUAAUGUUGCAACGGUCAAAUCAUAUGGGAUCUGAACUUUCUGUCCUAAUAAAGGACCUUGAUUUCAGUAACUCAAAUGUAUUAGCGUCUAUUCUGGAUCAAGAAAGACUAAUAAAGGAUAAAGAUGAACUUCUUGAGUACCUGGAAGGGAAUUUCUUGAUUGAAUUAUGUGAAAAAGAUUUUGAAUUUUUAAUGAUGUCAUCUGAGUUAAAGCAGCUGGCGCUCCUAAAAGCUGAUGCCAAGAGUGCAGAAAUUAGUUCCUAUGAAGUCCUUGAAAACUUCAAGAAAGACAUAAUUUUCCAGAGCAUAGAUGCUGCUUCCAAUGAGUUGAUGUUGAAGGAGAAGGAAAUUGAGCAUGCUCUCCUGCAAAAAGAAGUUGAAGAAAUAACAAGGAAGCAGCAGGAAUUGUUGUCAGAGCUUGACGAAAGUUUCUCAACAAUUUUCCGGGUGGAAACGGUAAACAAUGCUCUUAAACAAGAUAUUCAGUCAUUAAAAGAAAUUGCUCAUUCAAAUAGUAGCUUGAAGGGUGCAUUUGAAGAAUUGGCGGAAGAAAAGACAACCUUGUUGUCCCAGGUUCAGAAUCUUGAAUCACAGCAAGCGAAGUUAUUAAAAGAUGUUGAGGUGAAGGAAGCAGCUCUUGAAACUUCUUCUAGUCAUAUAUCUAAGCUUGAUCAACAAAAAGGGACAUUGCUGAAUGACAUCUGUUUACUGGAAACUGAAUUGUGCAGGCUUCAAAAUGAGGCAGAUAUGAAAGAUGAAGAACUUAGAAAAAUGAGCUGCCUUGAGAAGAAAAAUGAGGCCCUGCAGUAUGAGUUAGCAAAGGCAAAGACAGAGUGCUGCAUACUUUUCCAGGAUUUGGAGGAUAAGAGAGCUGAGUUUGAAUCAUCUAUCAAAGGUACUAAUGACCUCGACGUCGAAAAUCAUGGAUUGAAAGAGAAUAAAUUGUUGUUGGAGAAUCACAUUGCCAAGUUGAAUGAAGAUCUAAACUUUACAAGGAAAAAAUUGGAAAACCUCCAACAUUCUCAAUCUGUAGUUGAAGACGAGUUAUCUUCAAAAAUUCAGGGUUUAAUCGAAGAGAAUGCUUUCUUGAGAAAUAAACUUGAAGCUGGCAAGAAUAAUGAGUAUGAAUGCCUCAAUGCUUUGAACGUGAUGAAGAAUGUUAAUUUGAUGAAAACUGUAGAUACUAUUGGUGACAAGAUACUCAAUUUAAAUAUUGAGAAAAUUUUGGUGCUGGAGGAUAUGUUCCAAAAGAUAGUUAAGGAAGUGGAGAUGGCUUCCAAAUUUUUUGAAGAGCUUGAAUACCUGGAGAAUCUUGUGACAGAGCUGAAAUCUCAAACUUCCUCUCUUGAAAUUGAGUUGUCCAGGAAGGAUGAUAUUCUCAAGGGGCUGUUAUUUGAUUUGAGCUUGCUGCAGGAGUCUGCAUCUAACAGUAAGGAUCAAAAGGAUGAGAUUGAAGAACUUUUGGCCUCUCUAAGUGCCUUAGAAAAAGAUUUUGAUAAAAAAUCGGGUGAACUGGACCAAGCUGUUGCCGAAGGUCAAAAACUUGAAACUCAACUGAAAGAGAAGGCAGCAACAAUAUCUGCUCUUGAAAUGGAUAUUGUGAAAGAGCAAGAAACUAUGAAUUCAUUGUCCCACAAAAAUGAUGAGUUGAUGACCAAUGUUAAAGAUGCCUCGGAUGCAAAAAUGUCCAUGGAGAAGGAAUUGAUAGAGAGAAACAACAUAAACGAGAACUUGAGAAUGGAAGUUGUUGACAUGGGGGUUGCUCUUGUUGAAAUGACCAAGGCGUCUGAAUUCUUGAAGAGCAAUUUGGAUACCGUUGUCAGUCAGAGGGAUGAUCUUGAAGACAAAGUCCUUACUUUGACUGAUGGGCUUGAGAUGGCACGAGCAGUUGCUGAUGAAAACAGAGCAAUCGCUGUAGAAGCACAAGAGAUUGCGAAAACUAGAAAAAUCCAUGCUGAGGAGAAGGAUGAGGAAGUGAAACUAUUAGAGCGGUCCAUUGAGGAGCUAGAAUGUACCGUGAAUGUACUUGAACAAAAGGUUGGCAUUGUCAAAGAGGAGGCUGAACGCCAAAGGCUGGAAAGAGAGGAACUGGAACUGGAACUUCAUGCUGUUAAACAACAAAUGCAAAAUGUCAAAAGCAACGAUUCUGAUUCAAAAAGACAAUUGGAUGAAAAUGAGAAGAACCGUCAAGAAGCUCUUCAACGAAUACAAACUCUUGAAAAAGAAAUAGCUGCCAGAGAUGGAGAGAUAGCCCAAUGUAAAGCUUAUAUAUCUGAGCUAAAUUUGCAUGCAGAGGCACAGGCUUGUGAAUACAAGCAAAAGUUCAAAUCAUUGGAAGCCAUGUUAGAACAAUUCAAAUCUGAACUCCCUGCUACUCAAGAAACUUCAUCAUCCAACAAAUUAGACAAAAAUUCGUCAAAGUCUAGGGGAGGAGGUUCCCCUUUCAAAUGUAUUGGAUUAGGCUUAGCUCAACAAAUAAAGUCCAACAGGGAUGAGGAGCUUAGUGCAGGAAGACAACGUGUCGAAGAACUUGAGGCCAUAGCUGCAAGCAGACAAAAAGAGAUAUUCAGUUUGAAGGCUAGAUUAGCUGCCACUGAAAGCAUGACCCAUGAUGUGAUUCGGGAUUUACUAGGUGUAAAGUUGAACAUGAACAGUUAUGCGACUUUAAUGGAUAAUCAGCAGCUUCACACAUUAAUUGAAGAGUCUCAACAUCAUGAUGUUGAAGCUCAAGUUAAGGAACUGGAAGUAGUUAAACAGCAAAUAAACGAAUUUAUUAAUGAGAGGAAUGGAUGGCUGGAGGAGAUUGAGAGAAAACAGGCUGAAAUGGUGGCUGCACAGGUUACCCUGGAACAAUUAAGCCAGAAAGAUCAGCUGCUCACAACUGAAAACGAGAUGUUAAAGGCGGACAACAUUAAUCACAAGAAGAAGUUGAUGGAACUUGAAGCCGAAGUCAAGAAAUUGUCUGGUCAUCAAAAUCUCCAACAAUACAUCCAUCACCACACUAAAAUCAAGGAAGAGAACAACUUAUUGAAACAUCAAAACGAAGACCUUAGCAUCAAACUACGAAGAACUGAGGCUAUUCUUUCACGUGUCAAAGAAGAGCUAGCACGCUUCCAUGCAUCAAAUGGGCUAAACCCUUUUAUUAACUUUGAUGAGGAGCAACAGCUGGAUGACAAAUUAAAGGAAACUGAAGAGGAGAGGCUGCAAUUAGCACAGAAGUUAAUUGGCUUGUGUACUAGCAUACUAAAGGCUGCCGGAAUAAGGAGAUCAACAUCUGAUAUAAGUCUAUCCGUAGCUGAGGAAGCACUUGAGCAGCUGAAGAAUCGAGUCAUUUCUCUUGAGAUGGAGCUACAAGAUGUUAAACUUAAGGUAAAUAUCGAGAAUAGAAUGUCUGAUGAAAGAAGUAGAUUGUCUGAUCACAGGCAACAAACUUCAGUAGUGAGCUCCCGAAAUAGAGUAUCUUAAACUCCAUUUCUUUCUGCUUUGGAUUGAUAAAGGACGAUGAUCAAGUGGAUUAUUUGGGUUAGCUUUUCGCUAGCAGCUUUAGUGAAGUCGGGUUGAUCCCUGAUAUAUUUUUUUCACACACUUCCAUUUAUCAAAAGAUUCAGAAUGAUACGAGUUGUAAAUAAAUUAUAAAUAUAGGUUGUGAUACAUGAAAUUAUAUUAUUUUCUGUGGACAAAAUACAAUGAGAAAUACCUUAUUUUUUA